AUGUCAGAUAAAAUUAUUCCACAUUAUUUACGUGAUAUUGAUGAUAACUCAAAUGGUCGUGAACAGUAUCAACAACAACAACAUAUACAAAAAUUAACCAAGGCUGAAGAAAAUUUUCAAUUACGACAACAAUAUCCACAAUUUGCUGUACCACCAUCUAUGUACAAAGUGAUUCAUGUCAACAACUAUACAUCAAUGGAAGAAAUGCAUUUAUUGAUCAAUCAUGUACAAGCAUGUACUCAAUUUACCAUCGAUACCGAAUCUGAAAGAUCAAAUGGUCAAUUAGCAUUAAUACAAAUACAAACCAUACCACCUCAAUUACCAUUAUUAAUAAUAUUAAUCGAAUUACAACAUUUACCAUCAAAUAAAUUACCCACGUAUGUAAAAAUUAAAGAACUUUUUUCAUUAAUAUUUAGAUCUGGAAAUACAUUAUACUCGUGGGGAGACAUGGACAAAGAAUUAGAACCAAUGCAAGAUUAUCACUUAUUAAAUUGGCCAACAACAGCAUCAUUAAUCAACAUACAAUUAUAUUUUCCGGAUUGGUAUGAAUGGGCACUGGCUCAUUGUGAGUCAUGUAGCCCGGAUCAUCAUCGUCAACAUCCUGAUGUUAUUAAUUAUGAUAAUGUUACUACACAAAAUUAUUCAUUAUCAAGGUGUACUUGUCAUGAACGAAGUCCAUACCGUCCCGGUGAAAAAUGGGCUCUUCAGAAGGCCUUAAGUUAUGCAGCACACAUGUUCAUCGACAAAUCAAGUACAGUUAAUAAUUGGGCUGCAGGUUUAACAUCCAAUAAUUCAACAUUAUCAUAUGGUCGAAGAAAAAGAAUGAUUAAUUAUGCUAUCUACGAUUGCUUUUCAACAACAUAUAUUAUUCGACCAGUUUUAGAAUAUUGGACAUUCAAACAAUUAAAUGAUAUCAAUAUUGUUGAAUUAUUUACAUCAUUUGAAGCAUUACCACUUCCAAAAAUUAAUUCAUCAAAUAAAAAAAGUAAAAAAAUUAAAAAAAAUAUUAAUCUACAAAAAUUAUUUAAUUUAAAUGUUGAUGAUUUACAACCAAUAUCAGAUGAUGAAAUUUAUCUUAACCAACUUAUCGAACCAGUUACCAACAAACAAUUUGAACAUGAAGAAACAUCAACUGCUGAACAAAAAUUAGAUGAUAAUUUAAUGGUUAAUAAUAAUGAAUUAAUUAUUAAUGAAGAUGAUCAACUUAUUAUUGGUGAUAAUGAAGGCAAUGAACUUAUUACUGAUAUUGAUGACAAUAAUGAACUUAUUCUUGAUAAUAAUAAUGAAGAUCAAUCAGCUGAAGAAAAACCAACAACAUCAAAACAUAAACCACAUCGUUUACGGUCACAAGCAUCACGACAACGAAGAAACAAAAAAAGAAAUAACACACACCGUAUGCGUCGUUAUCAACAUCACAUUACCCGGUCUAUUUAUUAUAAAUUUAAAGAGUCCUUCGUGAAGAAAAUCCUUAAACAACAUGAUUUUAAAUAUGUACAUGUGAAGGUGGUUGAUGGAACAUUAUUUAUUGGUGUAAAGAACAACAUGAUCAAACAAAAAUAUCAAGAUCAAAUACCAGAAGACAUGUUUGAUCGAAAACAUUAUCAUCAAUAUCGUCAUCAACAUCAUCAUCAAAAUCGUCAUCAAUAUCAUCUUCAACAUAGUCAUCAACAUCAUCAUGAAUAA